AUGAAGUUUUCCGUUACUUUCAUCAGCAGCAUCAUCUUGGCCACCGCGGCUGUCGCUGCACCUCUCACCUCCCAGCGCAAGGCUCGCCAUGAGGCUCGACGUAUUACUCGUUCGAACGGUCGUGAAAGCCACCCACCUUACAAGCCCGGGACGAAUGAAAUUCUCCACUUAAACAAGACUUCAAAGGAAGAAUACAGCUCCAACUGGGCUGGCGCUGUUCUUAUCGGCACUGGCUACACUGCUGUAACUGCUGAAUUCACCGUCCCCACCCCCAAAGUCCCUACCGGUGGCUCUUCCAACAAGCAAUACUGCGCCUCUGCUUGGGUCGGGAUUGAUGGAGAUACGUGCGACACUGCAAUACUGCAGACAGGUGUCGACUUUUGCAUCCAAGGCAGCUCUGUGUCAUAUGAUGCGUGGUAUGAGUGGUAUCCCGAUUAUGCCUAUGAUUUCAGUGGUAUCAGCAUCGCAGCCGGCAAUGUCAUCCGAGUGACUGUGGAUGCUACCUCUCAAACAUCUGGCACCGCUACGGUGGAGAAUGUAUCCACCGGCAAAUCUGUAACCCAUACAUUCAACGGGGGCGUCGACGGUAACCUGUGUGAAUAUAAUGCAGAAUGGAUCGUGGAGGAUUUUCAGUCGAACAACUCACUGGUUCCCUUCGCCAAUUUCGGGACAGUCACUUUUUCCAACGCAGAGGCCACCGACAACGGCUCGACUGUGGGCCCGUCCGGCGCUACUCUGAUUGAUAUCAAGCAAAGCAAUGCAAUUCUGACUUCAAGCUCUGUCACCAGUAGUUCUGUGACAGUGAAAUAUGUUUAG